ACCUACAACACUGUUACUUCAGACUGGGCCCCGCGAGGAGGGAACACAGGCAGCCCCGCGAGGAGGGAACACAGGCAGCCCCGCGAGGAGGGAACACAGACAGCCCAGCUUUUUCUUCUUCACUGGAACCUACCGAGUUGCCGCAGAUGCACGCGCACAGCCCGGUAGAGUCGAAGCCCAAACUUUGGUUUCACGUUGAAAACUUUCCGCUCGACUCUUCUUUUGGGAUUGGAAGUCAUGCGCGCACAUCGGAAGAAUGGCCUUUUUUCACUGUCCUGCCACAUUUAGUCCGAUAAUCCCGAUGGAGCCGCUGGAGUUGAGCGUUAUGUGCGCGCGCCCUUCCCUGGUACUUAUUGAUCCGUCGUUGAUUUUUGUGGGAUUUGUGUUUAUUGAUCCGCGCUGAGCCGAUAUGGAUCUCCAGGUGGUCGUGUGGCUCUUCUAUUGCUUUCUGCUGCCCACCGUCCUGUUAACAGCUUCCAUCUUUCGCUACAAUGUCCUGUCUCUGGUUUACUUCCUCUACCUGUUGCUGCUGCCCUGCUUUAUGUGUCCCAACAAACACACAAUCAAAGGUCAUACAGGUCGGUUUAUUACAGCGGUUUUCUGUACCAGUCUUCUGUUUGUACUGGCUCAUAUCUGCUUCCAGACGAUACUGUACACCUACCCACCUCUGGACAUUGCCAUCGGGGAGAACUGUUCACAAUGGGACACUAUAAGCAGGCACAUAGGACUGUCCAGGCUUCCCCUGGAUGAUCCAUGGAGUAUUGUCCGUCUCCAUUGUCCUGACGUGGGUGUGUGUGUGGUUGCCUUAGUAACCAUGAUUCUUUGUAACAAAUUGGUCAGAAACAGAGAAAUGGUGGCUGCUGCCAACAUUACAUCGCUGGAAGCCUACCUGUCAGACAGACACACAGAUGAUGAGGAGGACGAUGAAGAAGAAGAGGAGGAGGAGGAGGAAGAGGAGGAGGUGGAGGCGGAGGCGGAGGCAGAGGCAGCAUCAGGAGAUGAAGAGGAGAGGUCAUCACCUGGCGACAUCGAUGAAGAAGUGUCAACAGCGACUCGAGCUAAGCAGCUCGCAGAACGUCUGAAAGUCACAGCCCGUAAAGCUCUGCGUGACCUGGGCAGAAUCUUGGCCAUCGGCCUGUUGGCUUUGGCAGGUAUCACCCUGCCGUCCGCCUUCUCAGCCAUCUACUUCCUGCUCUUCAUUGGCGUGUGCACCUGGUGGGCCUGCCACCUUCCCAUCAGUCACCUGGGGUUCAAUGCGCUGUGUGUGAUGGUGGGCUUCUUCACUGGGGGCCACAUGGUUUGUCUGUAUCUGUACCAGAGUCUACUGGCCCAGGCCCUGUUCCCCCCCCAAAGUCUGUGGGCCAGACUCUUUGGCCUGAAGGACAUCAUCAUACCAGGAAACUGCUCCUCGCCAUAUGACCUCAUCCUUAAUACCGAUCAUGACUGGCCUGUUUAUGCCAACCCAGGCAUACUGUUCUUCCUCUACAUCACCAUUGUAACUGUUCUCAAGACAGGAUACCAUGCAACAACUAAACAGCAGAGUGAAGAGGAGCAGCAGCAGGAGAAAAGGGAUGAGUCGAGGGAGGAGAUGGUUGAGUUAAGGUCAUGCAACCAGCCGAAAGACACCUAUGAAGAUGACACACAGCUCAUGCUCCUGUCGAUGGGAACAGAAAGCAGCAGACAAGAAGCUGUGUCUGCAGACAGUCAGCCUGAUCUGGGUGUCAGUGGCACCCUCAGUGGCCAACAGAGUGAAAGCCCUCUGUUCCUGCUGGGAAAGGUGGUCAUGCAGCAGAGCUAUGUCUGUGCGCUGAUAGCCAUGAUGGUUUGGAGCAUCACGUACCACAGCUGGCUGACGUUUGUGCUGCUGCUGUGGGCCUGCCUCAUCUGGAUCCUACGUGCCAGACGUCAUGCAGCCACGCUGUGCUCUCCAUUCAUCCUGCUCUACGGCCUGGCUUUGUGCUGUCUGCAGUACGUCUGGGCCAUGGAGCUGCAGCCUGAACUGCCCACCACCGUGGGGAGCAUGAGUCUCAGACAGCUUGGACUGGAUCGAGCCCAGUACCCCUGUCUCAGACUGGGAGCUCUGCUGCUGUUCACUUUAACCUUCUGGCUGUUGUUACGUCAGUCAGUGAAGGAAAACUUCAGCAGGAAAAGGAAAAUGGCCACACCACUACAGGAAGUCACCACUGGAGACGAAGGAGCUGCUAAUGAGUCCGUGAUGAAGGUUCUGGGAGGCAUGGUGAUGAGCUGUUAUGCAAAAUACUGGAUCUACGUCUGUGGAGGAAUGUUCAUCAUGGUGUCAUUUGCUGGAAAACUUGUCGGAUACAAGAUUGUCUACAUGCUGCUCUUCCUGCUUUGCCUUUGUCUCUACCAGCUGUACUACUCUCUGUGGAGGCGUCUGUUGAAGAUCUUCUGGUGGCUUGUCGUGGCCUACACCAUGCUGGUGUUGAUUUCCAUUUACACUUACCAGUUUGAAGAUUUCCCUGGAUACUGGAGAAACUUCACUGGUUUCACAGAAGAGCAGCUGGCAGCCAUUGGUCUGGAGACAUUCGCCCUUUCAGAGCUCUUCACUAGUAUCCUAAUCCCUGGAUUCUUCCUACUGGCCUGCAUCCUGCAGCUGCACUACUUCCACAAGCCAUUCAUGAGAAUCACUGACCUGGAGCAUGUGACACCGAGACACAGGAAGAAGACCAGCGUGAGGACGGCAAGGACGGUCGGCCCCAGCGCUGAGGGAGAGAACUCUGAAGAGGACCUGUUGACGAACAUCGAUGAUGACGAGUCUGAAGAUGAAGUUGAGCUGACACCCAGUAAGUGGGGUCUGGUCAUGGAUCGACUCCUGGUUCUAUCCAGAAGGUUCUCUGAUAAUCUCACCAAAGUCCAAGUGUUUCUUUGGCGUCUUCUGGAACUCCACAUUCUCAAAAUGGUGGCCUUCUUCUCUGUGUGGGUGGCUCUGGAAGAGCCAUCUGUGAUGAAUUUGGUCCUGGUGGUGUUGUGGUCUCUGGCGAUGCCCUACGGUCGCUUCAGGCCCAUGGCUUCCUGUCUGUCCACCAUCUGGGUGUGUGUCAUCAUCAUGUGUAAGAUGCUCUACCAACUCAGUGUUGUCAACCCAGCUGAGUACUCCAGCAACUGUAGCCUGCCAGUCAACACUAACCUGUUACCAGAGGAGAUGAUGAACUCUACACUGUAUAAAGAGCCAGUGGAUCCAGCCGAAUGGUUUGGCAUCAGGAAAGAUGCCACUGUUCUGGGGUACAGCAAGAACCAUUUAAUUGUGUUGAUGCUGCUGGUGUUUGAGGCGACGGUCUAUCGUCACCAGACUCACCACUACUGUCAGCUUCAGCGGUCUCCUCCAAACAUUCCCGCUCUGUUUCCCUCGGCAACCAGGGACACACUGGACCAGGGUCUCUUACCCUGCAUCAAAUACCUGCUCAACUACACCUUCUAUAAGUUUGGAUUAGAGAUAUGCUUCCUGAUGACGGUGAAUGUGAUUGGUCAGCGUAUGAACUUCCUGGUAAUAAUUCAUGGGUGUUGGUUGGUAGCCAUCUUGGUGAGGCGCCGUCGGGCAGCAAUCGCCAAGAUCUGGCCCAGAUACUGUCUCUUCCUGUCUAUCUUCAUGAUCUACCAGUAUUUACUGUGUGUGGGUAUCCCACCUGCACUCUGUAUAGACUACCCCUGGAGAUGGAACACUCCUGUGUUGAUGAACUCAGCCCUCAUCAAAUGGAUCUACUUGCCAGACUUCUACACCAUACCUAACUCCAAAAACCUCAUAGCGGACUUUGUGCUGCUCAUGUGUGCAUCUCAGCAGUGGAAGGUGUUCGAAUGUGAGCACAAAGAGGAGUGGAUGGUUCUAGCAGGAGAGAACACAGAUGACCCCGACCCCAUGGACGGCCGACUCUUUAACCCUGCACCCAACUUCAUCAACUGCCGGAGUUACCUGGAUAUGGCUAAAGUCCUGGUGUUCCGUUACCUCUUCUGGUUUGUCCUGUCGGUGGUCUUCGUCACCGGGGCAACCAGGAUCUCUGUGUUUGGACUGGGCUACCUGCUGGCCUGUUUCUUUUUUCUGCUGUUUGGAACACAGCUGUUAGUGAAACCAUCCAGGACCCGACUGGCCCUGUGGGACUGCCUCAUUAUCUACAACACGGCAGUGAUCAUAUCCAAAAAUGUGCUAUCAAUUCUGGCGUGUGUGUUUGUGUUCAAGAUGCAGGAGGGUUUCUGUUGGGUGAUUCAGCUGUUCAGUCUGGUUUGCACAGUCAAAGGAUACUAUGACCCCAAAGCAAUAAAUGACAGGACCUGCAGUCUGCCUGUAGAAGAGGCUGGGAUCAUCUGGGACAGUAUCUGCUUCCUGUGUCUGCUGCUGCAGAGGAGGGUUUUCCUUAGCUUUUACUUCCUGCAUGUGACAACAGAGCUGCAGGCUUCUGCCAGGCAGGCCUCAAGGGGAUUUGAACUCUUCAAAGCGAGCAUUGUAAAGAACAUGAAAUUCCACCAGCAAAUUGAGAAGAAAUCUCUGACACAACUCAAGAGAUCGAUGCAGAGAAUCCGCUCCAAGCAGCAGAAGUACAGAGAAGGACAUAAAAAGUCUGAAGACUCCAGUGGGAGUCUCUCCAUUGACCCACAAACAGAGUCGAAGAGAUCCAGUAAGAAGAAGUGGCACCGGCCAUGGUUGGACCACGCUACAGUGCUGCACUCAGGAGAGUACUACCUGUUUGAAUCAGACAGUGAGGAUGAGGAGGAUCUGCAGUCUGAGGAGCACAAACCACAGAAACAGACGGCCUGUCAGUUGGCGUACCAGGCCUGGGUGUCCAGUGUGAAGGCUGCUCUCAGAGAGAGACAGAGACGCCAGAGACAGCUCCGGAGGAUGGAGACCAAACUGACAGAGAGAGAAGGAAGAGGGCCUGGACAGCAGGAGGGGAGCUCUGAGACAGGUUGUGGAGAUGAUGUGUUUGAGGACCCUGUAAUCCAGGAGGAGCCGGAGGAGCCAGAGGAACAGGAGUCUGGGCACGGUGAGAUGGUUCAGAGGAUCCUAGACAUCCUGCGUUUCCUGUGGGCCAUCGUCCUGGCCAUGGUGGAUGGAGUGACUCACUGGCUCAACCUGCUCACUAAACAGUACAGAGAAACAUCCACUGUUCUAUGCAAUGAACGUUACUUCAUCAUACACAAGAUCCAGCAGCAUCAGACAGUGGCAGAAUCCACAGACGAGCUUCUUUCUGAGGGCAGUGAGAGUCCAACACUGGAGACCUGUCUGGAUGAGACUGAUGCAGAAACAUCCACCAAAUACAGCUGCUUGGAGGUGGAUAAUCGGGGUGUGACAGGCCAGUCGACCCCCAGACCGAGACUCAACAGCACUGGGAACCUGUUGAGUCCAGAGCCUCCAUCCAUCAAGCUGGAGUUGAUUCCAGAACCGUCCAAACAACAGACCCGGCACUCCAGAACAGCCAGUGAACUGCUGGGAGAGAGGCAGUUCUUCAUCGAGGAGCUUGAAGAAAGCAGAAAGUUCUACAACAACCAGAACCGUUUGCUCAAGUUGCUGUUUGCCAUGUACAACCUGCUGGCUGCCAACUCUGAGCUCGUCUGCUACUUCAUCAUCAUCUUAAACAACGUGGUCAGCGCCUCAGUCAUAUCACUGGUCCUGCCCAUUCUGGUGUUUCUGUGGGCCAUGUUAUCUGUGCCAAGACCCACCAAGAGAUUCUGGAUGACUGCGAUAGUCUUCACAGAGGUCAUGGUGGUGGUGAAGUACCUGUUCCAAUUUGGAUUCUUUCCCUGGAACAGUGUUUAUGAGAUGACUCUAAAUGAAGACAAGCCUUUCUUUCCACCUCGUAUCCUCGGCCUGGAGAAGACAGACAACUACAUCAAAUACGACCUUCUGCAGCUGCUGGUUCUAUUCUUCCACAGGUCCCUGCUCAUGCGUUAUGGUCUGUGGGAUCACGAGGGCCCCCUGGAGGAGCAGAGUCCCUCACCUGAGAGUUGUACCGAUGAAGGAAAACCAAGAGAAGGAGAUGAAGAUGGUAGGAGGGAGCGAGGGGAGGAAGAGGAGGGUGGAGUCAGCACAGCAUCCACCCAAGAAAACCUGGAAAUGAUCGAGCUGGACUCUCCUGGAAAGCAGGAGACGGUGGAGUAUAUUGAACCGAGCACCAGCUUUGCAGAUGGUUCCCCACAACCUGCCGCAGCCAAACCACCGAACACAGAGUUAAAGGAUGGACAGGAAAGCCCAGUUGGACUGAGGAACACAGAGGACGUUCAAGGCAGGCAGCAGGAGGAUACAAUAGAGGGAGAGACUGAGGUCAAAGCAGAGGCACCAAAGAAAAGCAGCAGCAUCCGCUUCCGCACCAAAGCCAAAUCAUUGAAACAACGGCGCAGCAAAGUGGAGUCUACAGCUGAAUCUACAGAUGCUGAUAAAGAUCCAGAAGAGAAGAAGAAGAAGAAGAAAGGCAGGAGAGGAGAAGCAGCCAGUCAGAGAUUAAUAGCUGUGGGACAAAAGAUUAAGCACAUUUGUAUCUCAGGGAUUCAGAGUGUGUAUAAACCAGCUCAGAGUUUCUUCGGAGACAUCCUCCAUGCUGAGUACCGUGCUGCCACUGAUGUCUAUGCCCUCAUGUUCCUGACUGAUGUCAUCGACUUUAUCAUCAUUGUUUUUGGGUUCUGGGCUUUUGGGAAACACAGUGCAGCAGCUGAUAUCGCCUCCACUCUAUCAGAGGACCAGGUUCCUGAGGCCUUCCUGGUGAUGUUGCUCAUCCAGUUCAGCACCAUGAUCAUCGACAGAGCGCUGUACCUGCGCAAGGCUGUCCUGGGAAAACUCAUCUUCCAGGUGAUCCUUGUGUUUGGGAUCCACCUGUGGAUGUUCUUCAUCUUACCUGCUGUCACUGAGAGAAUGUUCAAUCAGAAUUUUGUGGCCCAGCUCUGGUACUUCGUCAAGUGCAUCUACUUUGGCCUGUCAGCCUAUCAGAUUCGCUGCGGUUACCCCACUCGUAUCCUGGGCAAUUUCCUCACCAAGAAAUAUAACCACCUCAACCUGUUUCUUUUCCAAGGGUUCCGUCUGGUGCCCUUCCUGGUGGAGCUGCGAGCAGUGAUGGACUGGGUUUGGACCGACACCACUCUGUCUCUGUCCAACUGGAUGUGUGUGGAGGACAUUUACGCCAACAUCUUCAUUAUAAAGUGCAGCCGUGAAACAGAGAAGAAAUAUCCACAGCCUAAAGGACAGAAGAAGAAGAAGAUAGUCAAGUAUGGAAUGGGUGGUCUUAUCAUCUUCUUCCUGAUCUGCAUCAUCUGGUUUCCCCUCCUCUUCAUCUCAUUGGUCAGAUCAGUGGUGGGUGUGGUUAACCACCCCAUUGAUGUAACAGUGACCGUCAAACUGGGAGGAUAUGAGCCCCUGUUCACCAUGAGUGUGCAGCAACAGUCCAUCCAGCCCUUCAUAGAGGCCGAGUAUGAGCAACUCACCAAAAAGUUCGGAGACAAUGCGGUAGCCAUGCAGUUCAUCACUCUCUACAGUUAUGAGGACAUUGUAACAGCCAUGAUUGAAGGCAGUUCAGGAUCAGUGUGGAGGAUCAGCCCCCCGAGCCGACAGGAAGUCAUCAAAGAAUUACUUGGAAGUCCUGUUGACUUGACACUACGACUGGCCUGGAUGUUCCAGAGGGACCUGGGUAAAGGAGGAACUGUGGAACACACCUUUGACAAACACUCGAUAGACCUGGAACCUGGGAAUCCAGUCAGGGCAGAGCUGGCUUCACUGCUGGUUGGCAAUCGCACUAAGCCAGUGCAUGUUCCUAAUAUGUUCCCUAACUACAUCCGCGCCCCCAAUGGAGCUGAGGCCAAACCAGUCAGUCAACUAUAUAAAGGUGAUGAUGAAGGUUUCCUGAACAUAACCCUGUCCUUGAUGAGUGACCGGUCACUAAACGGCAGUGGGAACCAGGAGUGGUGGGACAUCGCCAUUGCAGGCUGCGAGUCCUCCUCAUGUGAUGUCCUACCCAUGGUCAUUUUCAACGAUAAAGUCAGUCCACCCAGCCUGGGCUUCUUGGCAGGAUAUGGGAUCAUGGGUCUGUAUGUGUCGGUGGUUUUGGUCAUUGGGAAGUUUGUCCGAGGGUUCUUCAGUGAGAUAUCCCACUCCAUCAUGUUUGAGGAGUUGCCAUGUGUCGACCGCAUCCUUAAACUCUGCACCGACAUCUUCCUGGUACGUGAGACAGGAGAACUGGAGCUGGAGGAGGAGCUCUACUCUAAACUGAUCUUCCUGUAUCGAUCACCAGAGACUAUGAUCAAAUGGACCAGGGACAUCCACAGCCGAGACCAAGACAGAUACUGACUGUGACUGUGUGCUGUACGCUCACAGACGGCGUGUCUUAAAAACACUGUUGACUCUUGUGGACGAUGACUCACAGGAGGGAGGCAGCGUUACGUGACGCCUCUUCUGUUGCUGGACGUGUCUUCGCCGCUGCUUGAUGUUCAAAUGUAAACCCACGUACACUACGGACUACUGAUGAGUAGAUGUUUACUGUGCAUGCCGGUAAUGGCAGCUGGGAGUCUGUCCAACGGAACAUCCAUGGAAUGCGAACUCUGUCCUCAGCGUGUUUUGACUGUUCAUUUGUCAGAGGUCACGUCAUUCCAGCCUCUGUGUGUUGCUUCCAAACACCUGGGCCACUGAAUCCCAGGUUUAUGCGUUGAUCCGUGUCACAGGUAUGGCAGACUGUGGCAGAAUGCUGAUGGUUUGCAGUCAUGCUGUGCUGUCAAUCAAGAUGUUUUUUAAAUCAUUCAUUUAUGUGAGCAGUUUUAUCCACUUUAUGACCUCAGGUUGAACUAAAUGUUUGAACUAAAUGAGUUGAAGGGAUUUGUGAAUGAACACGUCUCUUUAAUCCUCCGUGACGGUUGGCUACGGUUAGAACUAGGGGUGUGUAUCGGCAAGAAUCUGGCGAUACGAUACAAAUCACAAUACUAGGAUCACGAUACGAUAUAUCGCGAUAUAUCACGAUACUGUUAAA